GAAAACGUCCAAAAAUCUAAAAAUACUAUCCUCAGGCUUAACUUGUGAAUUCUGCGGCUUACUGUCAGUUGAUAUAAUACAUACUAAUAUCUCAUACCUAUCUAUUAUCUAAUCGUGAUAUUAUCAUGAAUGACCUAGCACCGCAGGGCAGUGAGCCCUUUUCGAUUCAACACGAUCGUUUUCGUAACAUUUUGAAAUCAUCUGAUUGGGAUGAAUUCAUCAAGUCGACAGACGACAAACAGAAAAUACAGUUCGUAUACAAACGGCUGUACGCACAAGGGCAUGCUUCCGGUGGCUGUAAAAAUAUCGAAGAUGAACCGGCGAGUUACAAAAGUGGAGAAAAGGCUUUAGAAAUGAAACAAUCCGGGAAUGAUUACUUUCAGAAAUCAGAUUAUCGAAAUGCGUUGAACCGGUAUUCUUUAGCUGUGAUCCACUGUCCCCAAACCAAAGAUUGGAGGAUACAUCUAUCGAUUGUCUACGCCAAUAGAUCGGCAUGUCUAUAUCAUUUAAAAAAUUACGAUCUGGCCAUUUCGGACAUACAGCGAGCAAUCGACAACGGAUAUCCCAAGGAUCUACAAUACAAAGUGUACGAUAGGAAAGCACGUUGUUUACUAGCCACGAAACAAUUGAAAUUGGCAUUAGAGUCGUUUAGGGCAACAUUGCGGUCUCUGGACGGUUCGCAUUUGUCGUCGGACGAACGACGCAAACGACAGCUAGAUAUACAGAUCAUGCUGAAUAUGUUGGUUAAGGACAACCAAAYGAAGCACGUGAUAAUGGAACACGGUACAACGAAACCGGAGGAACCGGAAGUGUACAGAGGACGGAAUGACGUGUAUCCGGCGUUCAGCAACGCAGUGUCCGUCGAAUACAACAAGACUGAAGGAAGACACGCGGUAGCCGGAAGUGACGUACCCGUCGGAAAACUUCUGCUCACCGAGCGCGCGUACGCUUCAGUUCUACUUCGCGAGUACAGUCAUUCGCAUUGUACCAACUGUUUCGUCAGGCUUGUGGCGCCUUUGCCGUGUCCGGAUUGCGAAAGAGUGGCUUUUUGCAGCGAGUUUUGCAAAAGGAGCGCCUUAAAGUCGUAUCACGCGAUAGAAUGUUCGAUGUUGCCUGCGCUCUUCUCGGCCGGCGUUUCCAUAACGUGUUUGAUUGCACUUCGAAUAAUCACGCAACGGCCGUUGAAGUACUUUCUCGACYUACGACCAAAGUUGUUGAAUCAUACGCAGAGGCCGCGUGGUAAACACCAACCUGACAACUACGUCAACUUGUACGACUUGGUCACCCAUCGGGAGACGAGAUCUGUACAGGACAUAUUGCACAGAACGCACGUAGCUGCGUUUUACUUGUCCUGUUUGAAAAAGACAAACUAUUUCACUGCGGACUGCAACACAGACGGUCAACCGACCGACGACGAGUUAUUUAUUGGAUGUCUGUUAUUACAUCAUCUACUGCUGCUCCAGUUUAACGCUUUUGAAGUGUCCGAACUCCGACAACUUGGCGAUGGCCAAGAGACAGUAUUCAUCGGUGGUUCCAUUUACCCGACUCUAGCUUUGCUCAACCACUCUUGCGACCCAUGCGUUGUCAGGUACCACCGAGGAACAACGGUCGUGGUACACAACAUUCGUGAAUUACGUGCUGGAGAAGCAAUUACAGAAAACUAUGGCCCAAUGUUUAUGUUCCACCCAAAAGAAGAGCGACAGCAGACACUUAUAAAUAGGUAUUGGUUUGAAUGUAAUUGUAUUGCCUGCAGCCAAGAUUGGCCAACUUGGGAACAGAUGAAGACAAAUACAUCACUCAGGAUCCGGUGUAUAAAUUGCGAAAAUGUAAUCAUAGUGACAACAGAAUCAAUGGAGUUUGCAAUCCAGUGUAUGGUUUGCUCAAAAACUACUAAACUGUUACCAAUUUUAAAAGUUUUACAAGAUACAGAGAAUAAAUAUUUGGUUGCCAAACAGUUGAUGGAUAAGCACAAUUAUGAGAAGGCUUUAUCAGAGUUCAUAGCACUUUUAACGUUACUACAUAAGCACAUGGUGCCACCUUUCAGAGACUACCAUCUAUGCCAACAAGGAAUAAGACAGUGUAUGUUGACAUUUGGAAAUAAAUUAUAGCAAUUUAUUUUUGAGUACGACACAUAAUUUAUACAAAGCAUAAUUGUAAAAUAUUCAUAUUAAAAAAAUAUAAUUAUGUGCAAAAAAAAGUUAUACAUAUAAUAUAUAUAUAAAAUAAACUAUAGUUUACAAUAAUUCAUAGAACACUAGUCUUGUACCAUUCUCCUAAGUGUAGCUUACAUAAUAUUUACCUUAGGUUAAUAUUUGUCAAAAUAAACAUUUAAAAAGUUUAA